AAUAAUUCAUAUGAUCAAGAAUCAAAGACUUCAUAAACAUUUGUUUUUUCAAAGUUGUUUAACACUUGUCUUGUGCACCUUGAUUCAGGUAGAUCUAGGGUAAGAUGGUUUUUCUUGUCUAUUCGUUCAAUUUGCGUUCCUUUAUAUUCAGACUUCAAAGAAAGCUUGCACAAAACCAUGGAAGAUCAAACGCAACCUAUUCUGCCAAAACAAAAUUCUAACUCCGGCCAUGAAGCACUUGAGUUUAAGAGCUUUAUUCCGUGGCUUGAAUGGGUCUUUGUGGAUCAGUCUAGUAUCUGGAGGACAGGUCUUUCAUGGUCACUCUUCUUCGUCUUAGCCAUCGGUGUACCACUAGUCUCGAACUUUCUUCUCUCCUGCCCGAGCUGUGAUGCCAACCAUAGCAGACCUUACCAUGUUGUUUCUCAGCUUUCGCUUUCCUUGUUCGCGGGUCUCUCCUUCGUCAGCCUCUCCUUCUGGACUCGAAAAUUCGGUCCGAGGAGGUUUCUCUUCCUUGACAAGCUAUGUGAUGCAAGUGAGAAAGUCCGUCAAGAAUAUAAGCAAAUAUUUCAUAAUUCAAUGAAGCUCCUAUGCUUCAUUGUCUUCCCCUGUUUUGCUGCAGAGUGUGUGUACAAAAUAUGGUGGUAUGUCUCAGGAGCAACAGAACUACCAUACUAUGGUAACAUGUAUUUGAGUGACACAAUACUAUGCUUGUUGCAACUGUGUUCAUGGCUUUACAGGACAACGAUUUUCUUCCUGGUGUGUGUUAUGUUCCAGCUUAUGUGCAGAUGUCAAAUAAUAAGACUAGAAAGUUUCGCACAAAUUUUUCAAAAGGAUACCGAGGUGGAGACCAUAAUGAUGGAACACAACAAGAUCAGGAAGACCCUUCGGGUUAUAAGCCAUCGAUUUCGAAUGUUCAUCUUGAUCUCUCUGAUCAUGGUUACUGCGAGUCAGCUCGCCUCUCUUGUCACUGUAACCUGGUCGAGUGCUCAUGUUGAUAUCUUCGAGGCAGGAGAACUCGCCUUAUGUUCUAUAAGCCUUAUUACUAGUCUAUUCAUAUGCUUGCGGAGUGCAACCAAAUUAACACACAAAGCACAGUCAAUUACCGGGCUUGCUGCAAAGUGGAAUGUCUGUGCCACAAUCCACAUCCACUCUUUUGAUUACGCAGAAACCGAGACUCCGAUGAUACCUCAGGUUUCCUUAGAUCAUCACGUGUUUCCUUUCGGUGCUGAUUUGGAAUCGGAUGAUGAAGAAGCGGACGAAGACGACGAUCUGGACAAUGGCAAGUUGGUGCCAGUUUUCAGAAACACAAUCUCAUUCCAGAAGAGACAUGCUCUAGUGAAAUAUUUGGAGCAUAAUAGAGCGGGGAUUACAGUGUUUGGGACCAUGGUGGACAGAACAUGGCUUCACUCUAUUUUUGGAAUUCAGCUGGCUCUUCUUCUAUGGACGCUCAACAAGACAAUUUUCCGUUAAUUCACAUUAGUUAGGUGUGAUAUAUGAAGGCCUUUGAUCUAUUAUAUGAUUAGCGAUGUUAGGCGAUGAAAAAUUUGAGCUUGGGAUCUCAACUGAAUUUCAGUGUGUUAAUCAAUUGAUUGUUGCAGCAUGUGACAAGAAAUGAGUUUUUCAUGAAAAAAAUCGGGAGAGAAAUGAUGCUUAUUAUUCAUAUAUUUCUUGUUCUAGGAUGAAUACUAAUUCAUUAUACAUGCAUCAUAAAGCAUCAUCUUCUAGCUAAUCUUCUUAUCCAACUUAUGUUUGGUCCCUUUAAAAGAUCGGAAUUCUGCAAAUCAUAUCAGCAAAGCAUAUGAUCAGUUGAAGUAUUGUACAUCUUAUAUCUACAAGUAGAUCUAUAUCAAAUCACACGCAUAUUAAA